CGAAGCGCCCUCCUUUACUUCGUCGCCCAUCAUUCGCAUCUAACUUCAUUGUAGCGGAUUGCACGUUUCGUGUCUUCAAGACUUAAAAAUGCGUUACGUCGCCGCUUACCUGCUCGCUGCUUUGGGAGGCAAUGAAGCCCCUACUGCUGAAAACAUCGAAAAGAUCCUCAGCUCUGUUGGUAUUGAGGCUGAAGCUGACAAGCUCAAGAAAGUCAUCGCUGAGCUCAAGGGAAAGGACCUCCAGACCUUGAUUGCUGAAGGCCAAACCAAGCUUGCAUCUAUGCCAGCUGGUGGUGGUGCCCCUGCUGCUGCCGCCGCCGCUCCGGCUGGUGGUGCUGCUCCCGCCAAGGCUGAGGAGAAGAAGGAAGAGAAGAAAAAGGAGGAAUCCGAAGAAGAGGAUGAUGACAUGGGUUUCGGUCUCUUCGACUAAGCCCUUCAUUUCAGUAUUUCUAACUGUUUAACGGCUGUGGGAAAUACAUUUUGAAAUGUCAA